ACGCAUAAGGAGGUUACGUCGAUAUGAGGAUGUCGCAUACAUCAAGAGAUUACUAUCUAUGUAUAUUUCACGGGAGCAGUUCUUAUUGAAGGGCAUCUCCUUCUGAAACUGGCUCCAAGAGAAUGUUUGACCCACAUGUAUAUAUAUUUUUUUUCGCUUAACUGGACACAUAACACAAAUGUUUGUAAUCUAACGGGUGGCAACCUAUAUAGGAAACGAAAAUACGGAAACAAGAGCUUCGUCGUCAGUCUCAAUUUCGAAAAUCUGUGUUUAGUUCAUUGUCAGCAGUUCGGGAUGCCUGACGUUUGAAGUAGCCUGCGCUAGGCCAGUUGAUACAAUCUUUCGUCUCGUUUGAAAAAUGAUUCAACACAUUAGAAUACAGUAUCUCGUCAGUUAAUAUUCGUCAAUAAAAUCUUGUUCGUUUUUUCUCUCUUUGGAUUAAUCGGCGCACCACACACUAAUAACAUCCGGGCAAAACGGUAUUUUUCUCCAUUAUUUAUUGCCAUCGAUAGGAGUUUCACGGAGGUGAAAGUGAAUGAAUGGAAAGGAGCAGCUAGUAAUAACAGAAACCAAGAGGAAGAUGGUUCCGCUUUUCUAGUGGAAAUAUUGAAAAAUCUCGGCGCUGAUUUGGUAGAUUCAGUGGAAUAUGGCGACGACGAACUGACCCAAAUUCUCCUAAGUGAAAUCAAAGAUGUACGGCGACGUAUAGUCAAUAACCCAAAAUCGUUAGUGAAUUCCGGCGAGACGCCUGAAUCGCUGGGAAUCUACAUGGCUAAAAUCCUUUUCAUCGCUAAGGAUAGGCAUUGCGAAUCACCAGACGAGACAUUUAUCAAUGGCAAAUGUUUUCCCAUCAGUACAAGAGAAAGGAGCGAACAUUGUCCGGAGAACAUGGGACUCUAUGACGAUGAAAAGAACGAAGGAUUUUGUGAAUGUCUGGAACUGACGAAAGAAAAAGCGAAAUCAGAACUACGGCCAAUAUAUUCAAAUAAAACUGGCGUCUGUUAUCGGCAAAAUACUCAGGGCCCCUGUGAAAAUGGAGAAUGGUUCGUACUGAAGAACACGUAUCCGCGGUGCGAACUGGUCCCGGACGGAUGCCCAACUGACGGUCGGCACGUCUUCUGGAAUCCUGACAAUUCCACGGCCAAACAAUGCUGGGAGAUAUGGACUCAGGGACCAUGCGAUAAAGGGCAACUAUUACAUUUGGAACAGGACACGGAAGAACCACAGGUUUAUUGUAGCUAUCGAUUAGCCGAGUCCUUUUUUACGUAUUCCGCAUUGUCUUUUCCUCCAUGCCCGCCAGGUACUUUGUCUAACUAUGUUGGCCAAUGUAUUGGUUGUUCACGCGGCUGCUACGGCGCAUUUAUUGGUUGAAUAAAAUGAAUUUGAUGAUUAAUUGACUAAGCUGGGAUAGGCUCUCUGUAUACAAAUCCCUUGUUACAUGUUUGUUGAUUUUAAAAAAAUAAGGAAUUGACUGUCGUUUCCCAAAAAUUGCAAAGAGCUUCCAACAACAAGGCGUUUUAUGUUCUACAUUCAAAUGCCAAACCGCAUUUCAAUAACGAACUAUACUGCAUCAACCACUUUUCGAUAACUUAAUACAAAUUAUGUAGUAGAAA